UGGAUUCACUUUGGUUGUCUGGGGCUCCAGGCGGAGGGGCAUCAGCUGCGUCAGUUGGCCGGCAAUGGGCUCAACAAAGAGUCAUUAUGUUGUAGAAUCCACCUCUACCUCCAGGAGGCGUUGGGCGCAAUGCCACAACAGACGCUGACCAGCAGUUCCCUUCAGGCGACCGUAGAGGUUGACCUACCUCACCAUUAUGAUUCACAGGUUCUCCCCACACGGACCAUUGGACAGCUGGGCGCUAACUGGGAAUGUUCUCUGCGACUUGCUGACCGAGGCUGGAUCCCUCUCGACCACCAUUUCUUGGUUCACGCGAGACGACCGCCCCCUCAAGGGCGACGCGGCCGGCUGCUUUACCACCGCGGCACAGAUCUUCGUUUCUGGGUCUGGAGAUCGCUCUCCGAGCAAUGCAGUACAUCUGUUCGCGCCGAUGGACGGGGCUCCAAGACCGAGCAAGAUCUGAUUGCCGCGAACAGUGCCGGCUUAGCUCGAGCUCCUGCUCCAGAUGCACCAGAUCGCUGAGAGCGAAAUCCUCACGCAGACGAAACGCAUCGACUCGCUUUUGGGCAAUCUGCACGGCAUCACCAUUGUUAUAAGUACUGCUGCGCGCAUCGGCACAUACAACAAUCUCAAGCCUCACAGCUAGACUCGGCAUCUCACAGAAGAGUUCAUCCUGCAGCUGGGCAGUUGAAAUAAUUAGGAUCCGGCCAGUCUGGUCUCAGUGCCGUUCUUCCCCGGCGCCGUGUCAGUCUGGGGUGGCAUAUUUUGUGAGAAGAAAGGCAGACUGCCUCAAUCGCCCAGUG